AUGAAGAAAGCGUGGCGGCCUAGGGGACUUAGCCGGCCCCCCGACAUCAUCCGGAGACGACCACUCCAUCUGCCGCACUUCAACCGGAGCAACUUCGCCACUCUAGCCCAGGACACAAGGCCGUUCGACGUCGUAGUUGUAGGGGGCGGCCACGCUGGCACCGAAGCAUGCGCAGCAGCGGCGCGGGUCGGUGCGAGGACUGCACUCGUCACGCCCAAGCUCGAUAACCUCGGCGUGUGCUCCUGCAACCCCAGCUUCGGCGGCAUCGGUAAAGGCACAAUUAUCCGUGAGAUUGACGCCCUCGACGGCGUCGCCGCUCGCAUCAUCGACAGGGCCGGCGUCCAAUUCAAGGUUCUUAACCGCAAGAAGGGUCCCGCUGUCUGGGGGCCCCGCGCCCAGAUCGACCGCGCUCUCUACAAGAAGCACAUGCGUGAGGAGCUUCUCGCCUACCCCAACCUGUCCAUCAUAACCGGCAGUGUGUCCGACAUCGUCCUCGGCGAGGAGACGCACCCGGAUGGUGUCGCGCCUCCUAAGACGAAGAUCACCGGCGUGCGCCUCGAGUCUGGCGAGGUGCUGCCGACGAGCCAGGUCGUCAUCACGACGGGGACCUUUCUGAGCGGGGAGAUACACAUCGGGCUGACUGUAUACCCUUCGGGGAGGAUGGGCGAGAAGGCGACGUUCGGCCUGAGCAAGUCGUUGCGCGAGGCCGGGUUCAAGCUCGGUCGGCUAAAGACAGGCACGCCACCGCGGUUGCACAGGGGCAGUAUCAACUUCGACAUCCUUUCCGAGCAGCUUGGUGACGACCCCCCCGAGCCAUUCAGCUACCUUGAUGACCGCGUUGCCGUCGAGGACCAACUCCUCUGCUGGGCGACGUACACGAAUGAUCAGUCGCACGAGAUCGUGCGCCAGAACCUCGACAAGACGGUGCACAUCCGCGAGACCGUCGCCGGCCCGCGCUACUGCCCGUCGCUCGAGUCGAAGGUGAUCAAAUUCGGCCACAAGGAGCGCCACAUCGUCUGGCUCGAGCCCGAAGGCUUCGACAACGACACCAUCUACCCGAACGGGCUGUCGAUGACGAUCCCCGCCGAGGCGCAGGAGCAGCUGCUCCGAACAAUCCACGGGCUCGAAAACGUGCAGAUGACGCAGGCCGGCUACGGCGUGGAGUACGAUUACGUAGACCCGCGCGGGCUUCGGACCUCGCUCGAGACGAAAGCCAUCUCGGGGCUCUUCCUAGCGGGGCAGAUCAACGGCACGACGGGCUACGAGGAGGCCGCCGGCCAGGGUAUCGUCGCGGGAAUCAACGCUGGGCGCGCGGCGCGCGGGCUUCCCGCCGUCUGUAUCACCCGCGCCGACGGCUACAUCGGAGUCAUGAUCGACGACCUCGUAACCAAGGGCGUCUCGGAGCCGUAUCGCAUGUUCACGAGCCGCAGCGAAUACAGGAUGUCGGCGCGGGCCGACAACGCAGAUGCGCGGCUCACGCCCAAGGGGCGCGCGUGGGGCGUGGUGUCUGACGCACGAUGGGCGCGGUACGCGGAGGAGCGCGGGGCCGUCGACGCUCUCACGGGCGCUCUCGGCCGGUACGUGCUGAGCCCGCCAGCGUGGAUCGCGGCCGGCUUCGGCAACCGCAACGACACGCGGAAGCGCAGCGCGCUCGACAUGCUGCGGCUGCAGGGCGUGACGCUGGACGACCUGGCGGCGCACGUGCCGGAGGUGGCGGCGCACGGGGAGCGGGUACGGGCGCGGGUCGAGGUCGAGGCGCGGUACGCGCCCUACGUCAACCGCCAGGCGGCGGAGCGCGCCCUGUUCCUGCGAGACGAGACGCUGCGGCUGCCGGCGAACCUCGACUACGGGGCCGUGUUCGGGCUCAGCUCGCACGAGCGCGCGGCGCUCGCCGCCGCGCGCCCCGAGAGCCUCGGCCAGGCGCGCCGCAUCGAGGGUGUCACGCCUGCCGGCUGCGUUGUGCUGCUCGCUCACGUGCAAAAAGAGACGGCGCAGAGCAGGGGCGCGGGACGGAGUACGCGUGGAACCGGCGCCGUCGAGGAGGUGCUGGCGGACGAGACGGCGCCGCUGGGGCCCGAGGUCGAGGCCUUGGAUGCUGAGGCCAGGGCGAGGGAGCUGUGA